AUGAGCAGCCCGGGCGAUUACAGCGCCGUCCGCAAGGACAUUGUCGCACAACUGAAGAAGCCUGAUUAUGAUGAUGGAAGCGCAGGUCCAGUAUUUGUCCGGUUGGCAUGGCACUCCGCGGGUACCUACGACGCCGAAACCGAUACGGGCGGCAGCAACGGUGCGGGCAUGCGAUAUGAAGCAGAGGGGGGCGAUCCAUCAAACGCAGGCCUUCAGUACGGUCGAGCAUUCUUAGAACCUGUAAAGGAGAAGCACCCGUGGAUUACAUACUCCGAUCUGUGGACGUUAGCAGGCGUGGUGGCGAUCAAGGAGAUGGGCGGGCCGGAAGUUGAGUGGAAGCCAGGUCGGACGGACCUGGUCGAUGACUCCAAGGUACCGCCACGUGGUCGUCUACCUGAUGGUGCGCAGGGUGCAGACCACCUCCGCUUUAUUUUCAACCGGAUGGGCUUCAACGACCAAGAGAUCGUGGCGUUGGCGGGAGGACACAACCUGGGCCGGUGCCAUACCGAUCGCAGUGGGUUCGAAGGUCCCUGGGUGAACAACCCAACACGGUUUUCUAAUCAGUUCUUCAAGCUACUGUUGAAGUUAGAGUGGACACCUCGGAAGUUAGCGAACGGCAUGAGCCAGUUCGUGUAUGAGGAUCCGGAUGCGGAGGAGGGAGACGAGUUGUUGAUGAUGCUGCCCACCGAUAUAGCACUCAAGACGGACCCAUCCUUCCGACAGUGGGUGGAGAAGUAUGCAGAGGACAAGGACCUGUUCUUUGACCACUUUGCGAAGGUAUUCGCGAAAUUGGUCGAGCUGGGUAUCCGGCGAGACGAGAAGGGUGUUGUUCUCAACACCGACAAUGUCAAGGGAGGUUAUAUCUCUGCUCCCAAGAAGAGCAACACGCCGACAGGACCACCGAGGAAGCCGAAGGCCGAAGCUGUGCGGGCCAGGCUGUAA